UUCAUCAACAACAUACAACAUGUCAUUUAGAGGUGGACGAGGUAGGGGACGAGGAGGUGGAUCCAGGUAUGGUGGUCCCCGACUCCCCUCUACUCUGAUCGACGAGGUCAACGCGACAUACGGCACAUCUCAUCGCCAGACUGGCGUGCGCGCGAGGAAAGACGCCCGCAAGGAGGCGCGACGAGGGGGGCCAAGGCCUCAACAAGGCCGCCCUCAGACUCAGCCAAACCGCCGCCAAGUCGAGUCUGAUGACGAGGACGACGAGCCGGCCCGACCUCCACCAUCAGCCAAGGCAAAGGGCAAGCGACGAAUCUCGCCCGAGGCGGAGCCCGAGCCCGAGCCAGCACGCAAGAAGGCCAAGUCAAAGUCGGCCUUCAAGGACGAGGAAGAGGAAGAUGCUCCUGAGUCCAAUCGCAAGGACAAGGGGAAGAAGAAGAAGAAGAAAGAGAUCGUGCUGCCCGGGGAAGAUGCCGGGGAUGCCGAGGACGGGGAGAUUGCCUGGCUCGAGUACAUGCUCGCGAAUGAGAAGAAGGGCGAUGACGAGCUGAGUGAUGGUCUUGAUGAUCUCCUGGGCUUUGCAGGCAAGCUGGGGCCGGGUGGCAAGGGGCUGGCUCGCGGCGAGGUCAGUGACGACGACGACGACAGCGACCUCGACGGAAGCUUUGGCGGCGGUCUCGAGUUUGACAUCGGAAGCGACGAUGAGGUUGAUCUUGACGAGGAAGAUGAUGAGAGCGGCGAUGAGGAGGACGAGGACGAGAGUGCAGAGGAGGAAGAUGAAGAUGAGGAGGACGACGGAGACGAUGAGAGCGAGGACGCCGACGAUGACGAGGAGGAGAGCGAAGAGCAGGACGCCGAGACCAACGCUGUCGCCGACCCCCCAGCACCCGAUACUGCACCCGAAGCCGCACCAGCAGGGCGCUACAUCCCGCCACACCUUCGUGCAGCCGCACUUGCUGAGAAGUCGGCGGGUGACGGUGCCAAGGCGCUCGAACGCAUCAAGUUGGAGCGCAAGGCCCAGGGUCUUCUCAACAAACUGAGUGAGGCCAAUAUCGAGUCUAUUCUCGCCGAGAUUGAGAAGCUCUUCUCCGACUACAGCAGGAAUGAGGUCACUUCCACCAUCACAACCCUCGUCAUCCAGAUGAUUGGCGCCAAGGCCAACCUCCUCGACUCGUUUGUGGUCCUGUACGCGACCCUCGUCGGCGCCCUCCACCGUGUUGUCGGAAUCGAGUUUGGUGCCCACUUUGUGCAGACCCUGGUUAAGAAGUUCCACGCCUUGGCGGAGAGCAACGCUGCGGCCACUAGUACGGCUGCAGAGCAGGAUGAUGCCGAGACGGAUGCCGCCAAGGAGGCAUUCAAUCUCCUCACCCUCAUUGCCGAGCUGUACAACUCUGGCGUUGUGGGAGCCGGCCUCAUCUACGAUCUCAUCCGAGGAUACAUUGACGACGUCAUGGCUGAGCGCAGUGUCGAGGGAUUGCUCAAGAUUCUCAAGUGUUGUGGCUCGCAACUGCGUUCGGAUGACCCGGCAAGCUUGAAGGACAUUGUCGGUCUCGUUCAGGAGCGCACCCGCGGCAAGGAGAAGGAGAUGUCCACACGUGCCAAGUUCUUGGUCGAGACCAUGGUCAACGUGAGGAACGGCAAGACCAAGGGCCUCGGCGCAGAGCGAGACGAUGUUACGAGAAUGCGCAAGUUCCUCUCCGGUUUGGGCAAGAAGCGGAGGCUGUUGGCCCCAGAGCCGCUGCGAGUUGGUCUGCAGGACCUGCUCAACGCCGACGCUCGCGGUCGCUGGUGGAUUGUCGGUGCCGGUUGGUCUGGUAAUCCCCUUGUUGAGAAGGCUGCGGAGCUCGCCGCGGCUGGCAAGCCUGUCAAGGAGAAGAAGAAGGACCGCGAGGACGAGGAGGUCCUGCUGGAGCUUGCUCGCAAGCAGGGCAUGAACACGGACGUGCGCCGUUCAGUGUUCGUCGUCCUCCUCACGAGCGAGGACUAUGUGCACGCGUGCGACCGGCUAGACGCCUUCCGUCUGACCGACGUCCAGCAGCGCGAGUUUGUCCGCGUAACACUGCACUGCUGUGGAAUGGAGAAGACGUACAACCCGUACUACACCCUUGUGCUCAACAAUCUCUGCGCCAACAGCUACGACCACCGGUUUACGCUGCAGUACGCUCUGUGGGACCUGCUACGCGAGCUGCACGACGGUGGUGUGACAGAUCACCGGGCUGCCAACGUGGCCAAGACCCUCGCCUUCCUCGUCGGCCGGGGCAGCAUCGACCUGACCAUUAUCAAGGCCGUCGACUUUACCGACCUGUCCAAGGGCACGCGCAAGUUCUUGAACUCGCUGCUGCGGGGUGUUCUCGUCGCCACUCAGACCCCCUCACCGCUCCUCACAUUGCCCAAGGCGUUCAACCCCAAGAAGAACACGGACAUUGAGGUCAUCGAAGAGGUGUUUGACCGGACACUGAGCAACCCCGAGCUCGCUGGAGGCCUUGCGUGGGUGAUGCAGAGCAUCCAGAAGACGCCAGGCACGGGUACUGGCGAGCGCGAGGCUGAGGUGAUCAAGCUGGGAUCCGCCGCUGCCAUUGGCGUGCUGGCCCGCGCCAUCUAGUUGUAUCAUACUCCUCUCUGGAAAUGCCUGAUGC